GGGUGGGUGUCUGGGUCCGGUGCUCCUGCUCCCUCGUUGUUUGCCGGUGCGCUCCGUGCUCCAGGGGCUGCCCAGCCAUGCUGUGCUGCCUGCUGGUGAGGGCCAGCAACCUCCCCAGUGUGAAGAAGGACCGCAGCGACCCUGUCGCCAGCCUGACUUUCCGAGGGGUAAAGAAGAGAACCAAAGUCAUCAAGAACAGUGUGAACCCCGUGUGGAAUGAAGGCUUUGAGUGGGAUCUCAAGGGUAUUCCCCUGGACCAGAGCUCUGAGCUUCAUGUGGUGGUCAAGGAUCAUGAGACAAUGGGAAGGAACAGGUUCCUGGGGGAAGCCAAAGUCCCACUCCGCGAAGUCCUUUCAACCCCCAGUCUAUCCGCUAGCUUCAAUGCGCCCCUGCUGGACACCAAGCAGCAUCCCACUGGGGCUUCGCUGGUCUUGCAGGUGUCCUACACACCACUCCCUGGAGCUGUGCCCCUGUUUCCAGCCUCUGUUCCUCUGGAGCCCUCCCCGACAUUGCCUGACAUGGACCUGGUGGCUGGUGGGGGACAGAGCCGGGCCGAGACUUGGUCCUUGCUCAGUGACAGCACCGUGGACACGAGAUACUCUGGAAAGAAGUGGUCGGCUCCCACGGACACAGGAGGAGAGGAAGACACUGAAGACCAGGGGCUCACAGGAGAUGAGGCAGAGCCGUUCCUGGAUCAGAGUGGAGCUCCAGGCCCUGGGGCUCCUAUCACCCCCAGGAAGCCGCCAUCCCAUCCUCCCCCCUACCAUCCUGGAAGCAAAAGAAAGAAAAGUGUGCCCACAUCCAGAAAGCUGCUGUCAGACAAGCCGCAGGACUUCCAGAUCAGAGUCCAGGUGAUCGAGGGGCGCCAGCUGCCAGGGGUGAACAUCAAACCUGUAGUCAAGGUCACGGCUGCUGGACAGACCAAAAGGACUCGGAUUCACAAGGGCAACAGCCCUCUCUUCAACGAGACUCUUUUCUUCAACAUGUUUGACUCACCCGUGGAGCUGUUUGAUGAGCCCAUCUUCAUCACGGUGGUGGACUCCCGUUCCCUCAGGACAGAUGCUCUCAUCGGGGAGUUCCGGAUGGACGUGGGCACCAUUUACAGAGAGCCCCGGCAUGCCUAUAUCAGGAAAUGGCUGCUGCUCUCGGACCCUGAUGAUUACUCUGCUGGGGCCAGAGGCUACUUGAAAGCCAGUCUGUGUGUGCUGGGGCCUGGAGACGAAGCUCCCCUGGACAAAAGAGACCCCUCUGAAGACAAGGAGGACAUUGAAGGCAACCUACUCAGACCAACAGGUGUGGCCCUUCGAGGAGCCCACUUCUGCCUGAAGCUCUUCAGGGCUGAGGACUUACCACAGAUGGAUGAUGCUGUGAUGGACAACGUGAAACAAAUCUUUGGCUUUGACAGUAACAAGAAGAACUUGGUGGACCCUUUUGUGGAGGUCAGCUUCGCGGGGAGAAUGCUCUGCAGCAAAAUCCUGGAGAAGACAGCCAACCCCCAGUGGAACCAGAACAUCACACUGCCCGCUAUGGUGAGCCUCAGCUCCCCCACCUGUAGCCCUAGGGUUUUGAUCUGGGACCGCCUCACUCACAAUGAUGUUGUGUCUACCACCUACCUCGGUAUGUCAAAAAUCUCUGCUCCUGGAGGAGAAAUAGAAGUGGACGACAAUCUGGGCUUCCUUCCCACCUUUGGCCCCUGCUAUGUGAACCUGUAUGGCAGUCCCCGGGAAUUCACGGGCUUCCCAGACCCCUACGCAGAGCUCAACAUGGGCAAGGGAGAAGGCGUGGCCUACCGAGGCCGGCUUCUGCUGUCCCUGGAGACCAAGCUGGUGGAGCACAGUGAGCAGAAGGUGGAGGACCUUCCUGCAGAUGACAUCCUCCGGGUAGAGAAGUACCUCCGGAGGCGCAAAUACUCCCUCUUCGCCGCCUUCUACUCGGCCUCUAUGCUGCAGGAUGUGGAUGAUGCUAUCCAGUUUGAGGUCAGCAUUGGGAACUAUGGCAAUAAGUUCGAUACAACCUGUCUGCCGCUGGCCUCCACCACCCAGUACAGCCGGGCAGUCUUUGAUGGAUGCCACUAUUACUACUUACCCUGGGGCAAUGUGAAGCCAGUCGUGGUGCUGUCCUCCUACUGGGAGGACAUCAGCCAUAGGAUUGAGACUCAAAACCAGCUGCUCAGGAUUGCUGACCGGUUGGAAGCUGGCUUGGAGCAGGUCCACCUGGCCUUGAAGGCACAGGGUUCCACGGAGGACACAGACUCUCUAGUGGCUCAGCUGAUGGAUGAGCUCAUUGCAGACUGCAGCCAGCCCCUGGGUGAUGUCCAUACGAUACCUUCUGCUACUCACCUGGACCAGUACCUGUUCCGGCUACGUACCCGUCACCUGAGCCAGAUCACGGAGGCUGCCCUGGCCUUGAAGCUCAGCUCCAGUGAGCUUCCUGUGAUCCUAGAACAGGCUGAGGACUGGCUCCUGAGGCUCCGUGCCCUGGCAGAAGAGCCCCAAAACAGCCUGCCGGACAUCAUCAUAUGGAUGCUGCAGGGAGACAAGCGUGUGGCCUACCAGCGGAUACCCGCUCAUGAAAUCAUCUUCUCCCGACGUGGUGCCAACUAUUGUGGCAGGAAUUGUGGGAAGCUGCAGACAAUCUUUCUAAAAUAUCCAAUGGAGGCAGUGCCUGGAGCCAGAAUGCCAGUGCAGAUACGAGUCAAGCUCUGGUUUGGGCUCUCUGUGGAUGAGAAGGAGUUCAACCAGUUUGCUGAGGGGAAGCUCUCUGUCUUUGCUGAAACGUAUGAGAACCAGACCAAGCUGGCCUUGGUUGGAAACUGGGGCACAACGGGCCUCACAUACCCCAAGUUUUCUGAUGUCACGGGCAAGAUCAAGCUACCCAAGGACAGCUUCCGUCCCUCGACUGGAUGGGCCUGGGCAGGAGAUUGGUUCGUGUGUCCAGAGAAGACCUUGCUUCAUGAUGCUGAUGCUGGUCAUCUGAGCUUCGUGGAGGAAGUGUUUGAGAACCAGACCCGGCUCCCUGGAGGCCAGUGGAUCUACAUGAGUGACAACUACACUGAUGUUAAUGGGGAGAAGGUGCUUCCUAAGGAUGACAUCGAGUGUCCAGUGGGCUGGAAGUGGGAAGAUGAAGAAUGGUCCACAGACCUCAAUCGGGCCGUUGAUGAGCAAGGCUGGGAGUACAGCAUCACUAUUCCCCCGGACCGGAAGCCAAGGCACUGGGUCCCUGCUGAGAAGAUGUACUAUACACACCGACGGAGGCGCUGGGUCCGCCUGCGCAGGAGGGACCUCAGCCAGAUGGAAGCUUUGAAGAGACACAGGCAGGCAGAGGCAGAGGGCGAGGGCUGGGAGUACGCCUCUCUCUUUGGCUGGAAGUUUCACCUGGAGUACCGCAAGACUGACGCCUUUCGCCGCCGCCGUUGGCGCCGUCGCAUGGAGCCCCUGGAGAAGACAGGGCCUGCUGCUGUGUUUGCCCUCGAGGGGGCCCUGGGUGGUGUGGUGGAUGACAGGAGCGAAGAUUCCAUGUCUGUGUCUACCCUGAGCUUCGGUGUAAACAGACCCACAAUCUCCUGCAUCUUUGAUUAUGGGAACCGCUACCAUUUACGUUGCUACAUGUACCAGGCCCGGGACCUGCCUGCGAUGGACAAGGACUCAUUCUCUGAUCACUUGCUGUCUAUCUGCCACAACCUCCCCUCUUUGGUGGUGAAUGCCUCUGGAAGGGACCUGGUCUUCCUUCUGAACCUGAAGUACCAGGGUGCAGAUGAGUUUAUGGGCCGCUGCAUCUGUCAGCCAAGCCUGGAACGGAUACCCCGGCUGGCCUGGUUCCCACUGAUGAGGGGUAGCCAGCCAGCGGGUGAGCUUCUGGCAUCUUUUGAGCUUAUCCAGAGAGAGAAGCCGGCCAUCCACCAUAUUCCUGGUUUCGAGGUACAAGACACAUCAAGGAUCCUGGAUGAGUCGGAUGACACAGACCUGCCCUAUCCACCACCUCAGAGGGAGGCCAACAUCUACAUGGUUCCCCAGAACAUCAAGCCAGUUCUGCAGCGCACUGCCAUUGAGAUCCUGGCAUGGGGCCUGCGGAAUAUGAAGAGCUACCAGAUGGCCAGUAUUUCAUCCCCCAGCCUUGUAGUGGAGUGUGGGGGGCAGACAGUUCAGUCUUGUGUCAUCAGAAACCUCCGGAAGAACCCCAAUUUUGACAUCUGUACUCUCUUCAUGGAAGUGAUGCUGCCCAGGGAGGAACUCUACUGUCCCCCCAUCGUGGUCAAGGUCAUUGAUAACCGUCAGUUUGGCCGCCGGCCUGUGGUGGGCCAGUGUACUAUCCGCUCCCUGGAGAGUUUCCUAUGUGACCCCUAUUCAGCUGAGAGUCCGUCCCCUCAUGCUGGCCCAGAUGAUGUGAGUUUACUCAGCCCUGGAGAAGAUGUGCUCAUUGACAUUGAUGACAAGGAACCCCUCAUCCCCAUCCAGCUUGCAGAUGGUCUGUCCAGUUUGGCUCCUACUAACAUGGCGUCUUCUCCAGCCAGUCCUCAUGAGGAGGAGUUCAUUGACUGGUGGAGCAAAUUCUUUGCCUCCAUAGGGGAGAGUGAAAAGUGUGGCUCCUACUUGGAGAAAGAUUUUGACACUCUAAAGGUCUAUGACACACAGCUGGAGAAUGUGGAGGCUUUUGAAGGCCUGUCUGAUUUUUGUAAUACCUUCAAGCUUUACCGAGGCAAGACUCAGGAAGAGACAGAAGAUCCGUCUGUCAUUGGCGAGUUUAAGGGCCUUUUCAAAAUUUAUCCCCUCCCAGAAGACCCAGCCAUUCCCAUGCCCCCAAGACAGUUCCACCAGCUGGCUGCCCAGGGGCCCCAGGAGUGCUUGGUCCGAAUCUAUAUUGUUCGAGCAUUUGGCCUCCAGCCCAAGGACCCCAAUGGGAAGUGUGACCCUUACAUCAAGAUCUCCAUAGGGAAGAAGUCAGUGAGUGACCAGGAUAAUUACAUCCCCUGUACCCUGGAGCCUGUAUUUGGAAAGAUGUUUGAGCUGACCUGCACUCUACCUCUGGAGAAGGACCUGAAGAUCACUCUCUAUGACUACGACCUUCUCUCCAAGGAUGAGAAGAUUGGGGAGACAGUCAUUGAUCUGGAGGACAGGCUGCUGUCUAAGUUUGGGGCUCGUUGUGGACUCCCACAGACCUACUGUGUCUCUGGACCGAACCAGUGGAGGGACCAGCUCCGCCCUUCCCAGCUUCUCCACCUCUUCUGUCAGCAACACAGAGUCAAGGCCCCUGUGUAUCGGACAGAUCGAGUGACAUUUCAGGAUAAAGAGUACACCAUUGAGGAGAUAGAUGCUGGCAGGAUCCCGAAUCCACACCUGGGCCCAGUGGAGGAGCGUCUGGCUCUUCAUGUCCUUCAGCAGCAAGGCCUGGUUCCUGAGCAUGUGGAAUCACGGCCCCUCUACAGCCCGCUACAGCCAGAUAUUGAGCAGGGGAAGCUGCAGAUGUGGAUCGACCUGUUUCCAAAGGCUCUGGGGCGGCCCGGACCUCCCUUCAAUAUCACUCCUCGGAAAGCCAGAAGGUUUUUUCUGCGUUGUAUUGUCUGGAAUACCAAAGAUGUGAUCCUGGAUGAUCUCAGCCUCACUGGGGAGAAGAUGAGUGACAUUUAUGUGAAAGGUUGGAUGGUGGGCUUUGAAGAGCACAAACAGAAGACAGAUGUGCACUAUCGCUCCCUGGGUGGUGAGGGUAACUUCAAUUGGAGGUUUGUGUUCCCCUUCGACUACCUGCCGGCCGAGCAAGUCUGCUCCAUUGCCAAGAAGGAUGCCUUUUGGAGUCUGGACAAGACGGAGAGCAAAAUCCCAGCACGAGUGGUGUUCCAGAUCUGGGACAACGACAAGUUUUCCUUUGAUGAUUUUCUGGGCUCCCUGCAGCUAGAUCUCAACCACAUGCCCAAGCCAGCCAAGACGGCUGAGAAAUGCUCCUUGGAUCAGCUAGAUGACACUUUCCACCCAGAAUGGUUUGUGUCCCUUUUUGAGCAGAAGACGGUGAAGGGCUGGUGGCCCUGUGUAGCAGAAGAGGGAGAAAAGAGGAUCUUGGCGGGAAAGUUGGAAAUGACCUUGGAGAUUGUCGCAGAGAGCGAGCAUGAAGAACGGCCUGCUGGCCAGGGACGGGAUGAGCCCAAUAUGAAUCCGAAACUGGAGGAUCCAAGGCGUCCUGAUACCUCCUUCCUAUGGUUCACCUCCCCAUACAAGACAAUGAAGUUCAUCCUGUGGCGACGCUUCCGGUGUGCCAUCAUCCUCUUCAUCAUUCUCUUCAUCCUACUGCUGUUCCUGGGUAUCUUCGUUUAUGCCUUCCCGAACUAUGCUGCCAUGAAGCUGGUGAAACCCUUCAGCUGAGGACCUCCCCGCGCUGGCCACGGGGGCGCCGGCUGCCCUCUGGUCUCAGGACUGGCCUGCUCCUCCUUCCACUG